AUGUUGAGCAAACCAACAGCAAGUCACCAGAUCAAGUAUCUGGCCGUGAUUGCUUCCCUCGUUUUCAUCUGGCUCGUCUGGCGCCUCGAUCUUCACACAGAGGUUGCCGAGCAUGCCCGCAAGAUCACACACCCAAACAGCACGCCGUACGAUGGUCUCGCUAAAGCCGGCAGCAGCGAGGUCCUCCCUCCCGCAAAGGCCGCCGAGUACUGUGACCACUUCCGCUUGAAGCCGGCCAACACUGAGUUGGUCCGCAAGCGCAAGGUGUACGAUCUGCUCCUCAUCAACACCGAGGUUGAGAUGCUCGAGGUCCGGCUGGGCCAGAUGGCUCCCUACGUCGACUACUUUGUCAUUCUCGAGUCGGCCUUGACCUUCACCGACAACCAGAAGCCGCUGUACAUCAAGGAGAACUGGGACCUCUUCAAGCCGUGGCACGACAAGAUGAUUCUCCGUCAGAUGGACCUCGAAGCCCUCAAGGAGAGCAGCACAUGGGACCGCGAGGCCAAGAGCCGCAACGCCAUGUACGAGCAGGUCAUCCCCACUCUCGAGGGCGCGCAGCAGGCUUCCAUUGACGAUAUCCUCAUCGUCUCCGACGUGGACGAGAUCCCCAAGCCCGAGGUCCUCCGCGCCCUGCGCAACUGCGAGAUCCCGCCCCGUGUCUCCAUCCACUCCAAGAUCUACUACUACUCGUACCAGUGGCUCUCCCGCAACGACUGGAACCACCCCCAGGCCACCGUCUACCGCGGCGUCGACACCGUCCUCCCCCAUGACCUUCGCCACAACGCACAGGACCACCACUUCAACCAGGGCGGCUGGCACUGCAGCUACUGCUUCAGCACCGUCGAGGAGAUGGCUCAGAAGAUCAACUCCUUUUCCCACGUAGAGCUCAACAAGCCCGAGUUCAAGGACCCCGACUGGAUUGUUUCCGUGGCACGUCGCGGUCACGACAUCUUCGGCCGAGGCGAGUCCAACUUUGACCGCAUUGAGGAGAACCACGAUGUGCCGGACUACGUCAAGCGCAACUCGGAAAAGUUCAAAUACCUGCUCGACCGCGAUCCGCUCAAUGGUAACUUUAGGGACUACACUCCCAAGGACACCUCAACUCCCCCAGCUUGA